CGCCCGCCUUCCGACGGGGGUGCGGCUCCAGGAAACGGCGCGCUCUCCGCUCGGCGCUCCGGGGACCGACGCGCCCCGGCCGGCCGCCCCCGGCGUCUCUGCCAGACCCACCGGCGGCAGCCCGGACAGCGGCCCGGGGCCGAGCCUCAGGCACCUCCGCACCGACGGGGCGGGCAGCGCGGCCAGGAGCCGGGAGCCAUGGGGACCGGGGCGGGGCCAGCGGUCGCGGGCCAGCGGGAGCCGGGGCUCUGAGGAGCGGGGCGGCGGGGCCAUGACCUCGGUGUGGAAGCGCCUGCAGCGCGUGGGCAAACGGGCCGCCAAGUUCCAGUUCGUGGCCUGUUACCACGAGCUGGUGGUGGAGUGCACCAAGAAAUGGCAACCGGAUAAGUUGGUGGUGGUGUGGACCCGGCGGAACCGACGCAUCUGCUCCAAGGCCCACAGCUGGCAGCCGGGCAUCCAGAACCCUUACCGGGGCACCGUGGUGUGGAUGGUACCUGAGAAUGUGGACAUCUCCGUGACCCUGUACAGGGACCCCCAUGUGGACCAGUAUGAGGCCAAAGAGUGGACGUUUGUUAUUGAAAAUGAGUCCAAGGGGCAGCGGAAGGUGCUGGCCUCAGCUGAGGUGGACCUGGCCCGCCACGCGGGGCCCGUGCCUGCCCAAGUUCCGCUGCGGCUGCGGCUGAAGGCCAAGUCGGUGAAGGUGGUACAUGCGGAGUUGAGCCUCACCCUCUCGGGGGUGCUGCUGCGAGAGGGCCGUGCCACGGACGAUGACAUGCAGAGUCUGGCGAGCCUUAUGAGCGUGAAGCCUAGUGACGUGGGCAACUUGGACGACUUUGCUGAGAGUGACGAGGAGGAGGCUAAUGGUCCAGGGGCCCCUGAGGCUCGGGCUCAUGCCCCCCAGCCAGGCCGGGGCGGUGCCCUCAGGCCGGGGCGGCUCCCAGAUCCCCCUCGGGAGCUGAAGACACUCUGUGAGGAGGAGGAGGGCCGAGCACAGCCCCGGCAGGCAGCUGCCAGCCCGUCUAGUACUGAGGAUACCAGCCCAGCCCCUGUGAGUGUCCCUGCGCCCCCAGCCAGGGCCUCCCGGGGCCAGGGGUCAGAACCAGCUACUGUAGUCGGGGGCCAGGUGGGGCCUGAAGCCCCAAGGCCCCCCGGAACCCCACUGGAGACAAGGUCCUCAAGACAUCCAGACCAGGAUUUGGCCCCCAUCCCGGCCCCUCGGCUCCGGAAAGGCUCUGAUGCCCCCUGGCCCUCAGUCCCCCAAGGGAAAGAUGAGGCCCCCAAAGCCUCAGGGGCUCCCCCAGCAGGAGUGGGUUUUGCUGGGGAGACCCAGGCCCAGGCAAGCCCUCAGGAAGGGACAGAGGCCCAGGGAGCCAGGCCGAGCCCAGGCAUUGAGGAUGAAGGCUGCAGAAACUCUUUGGGAGGGCAGAAAGUCAAGGCUGAGGAAGGCACCAUUGGGGUCAGGCCAGAGGCCAGUGGGGUGGACACUGAGCAGGGGUCAGGACCCAGAGGCGUGAACACCAAGAGGUCAGAGGUCAGAACUGGGGAGGCUGAAGAGAGUUCAGAAGUUAGUCAAGUGGAUGCUGAGCAGAGGUCAGAGGUGAGACAUGUGGACACUAAGGGACCAGAGGCUACAGGGGUGAUGUCUGAGGCAAGGUUCAAGGGAACUCCUGAGGCUCCUCUGAGGGCCUCUCAGGGGAGGACAGGGGUCAGGACCCGGGAUGAGGCUCCUACUGUCCAGAGCUCACCACCAGCAGAGCCUGCAGGGCAUUCCAGGCAUCUCAGUGACUCCGAGGGGUCCAGAGCUGUUGCAGGCCAGGAGAGAGGGGGUGCAGAGGUGAGGGGCGGGGCCUCUGGUGUUGGGGGGACAGGCCUGGAGCAGGGCCCCUCUGUUGGAGCAGCAAGCACCAGGCCCCAGGUGAGCAGGCCCCAGGAAGCCCCACCCACAGCUGACCAGGGGGCAAUGUCUAGGGAUCUGGGGGUCUGGGAGGCAGAAACUGGGGUCUUGAGCAUCCUGGGAACAGAGAUGGGGAUGACAGAAUCAGAGGUUUUGGGGACCCAGGAGACAGAAGCAGAGGGAUCAGCGUUCCCAAAGAUAGAGAGUGAGACAGCAGAAGCUGAAAGGUUGGAGGCCCAGGAGACAGAGGCAGUGAGAUCAGGGGUCCCUGAGUCAGAAGCCGCUGGGAUGGCAGAGUCUGAGGAACCGGAGACCCAGGAAACAGAGGCUGGGGCUACAGGAGUUCUGAGAACAAAGACGGGGUUGGCAGAGACUGAGCUAUUGGGGGCCCAGGUGAUAACAGGGGGCUCAGGGGUACUGAGAAUAGAAGCUGAGAUAGCAGAGCCUGCAAUAUUGGGGGCCAAGGAGACAGAGGUGGGAGGGUCAGAGGUCUCAGCAGUAAAAUCUGAGGCAUCGGGGACCCAGGAAACAGAAGUAGGAGGUUCUGAGGUUCCAGGGUUUGAGGCUGAGACAGCAAAGGCAAAGGUACUGGGGACCCAGGAGAAAACAGCUGGGGGUUCAGGGAUCCCAGGGGUUGGGACUAAGACAGCAGAAGCUGAGAUAUUGGGGACCCAGGAGGUAGCAGCUGGGGGCUCAGGGGUCCCAGGGGUGGGGACUGAGACAGAAGCUGAGAUAUUGGGGACCCAGGAGGUAGCAGCUGGGGGUUCAGGGAUCCCAGGGGUGGGGACUGAGACAGAGGAAGCUGAGAUGUUGGGGACUCAGGAGGUAGCAGCUGGGGGUUCAGGGAUCCCAGGGGUGGGGACUGAGACAGAGGAAGCUGAAAUAUUGGGGACCCAGGAGGUAGCAUCUGGGGGUUCAGGGGUCCCAGGGGUGGGGAUUGAGACAGCAGGGGCCCAGGAGACAGAGAUGGGGGAUUCAGGGGACUCAGGGCCAGAGGUUAGAAUGGCAGAGGCUGAGGGACUGGGGACUCAACAGACAGAAAGGACUGAUUUGGAGGCUGAGAACGCUAAGGGCUCUGGGGUCCUGGAGGCAGAGACUGGGCUCUGCGGGAGCUUCAUGUAUGAGGCGUUAAAGGCCCCAGUUACUAAGCAUAGAGUUUUAAGGUCCCAGGAAGCAGAGGCAGAGACUGCAGUUUUGAGGGUCCAGGAGUUGGAGGCUGGGGAUUUGGGGAUUUCAGAGGCCAAGUCUGGGGUGUGGGGGGCCCCUGAAGCAGAGGUGGAAGUUUUAGGUCCUCCAGAGAACCAAUCUGGUGUUUUUGAGGCCCAGGAAGCAGAGGCUGGGGUCUUGGGAACCGAGAAGGGGAGAGAAGCUGAGGCCAGCCUGAUUGAGACGCAGGUGGCCAGUGGGGCAGGGGCUGGGGUGCCCAGGCCCUCAGGGGCCUCUUCCCCAGAGGAGCCUGAAGAGGACAGGAGGCUGCCCAGCAGCCAGGCACUACCUGCCCUGGUCAGCUCCAGCCAGUCCCUACUGGAGUGGUGCCAGGAGGUCACCGCUGGCUACCGUGGCGUCCGAGUCACCAACUUUACUACAUCCUGGCGCAACGGUUUGGCUUUCUGUGCCAUCCUGCACCGAUUCCACCCAGACAAGAUCGACUAUGCCUCCCUUGACCCACUCAACAUCAAGCAGAACAACAAGCAGGCCUUCGAUGGCUUCGCGGCCCUGGGCGUGUCCCGGCUGCUGGAGCCCGCGGACAUGGUGCUGCUGUCGGUGCCGGACAAGCUGAUAGUCAUGACCUACCUGUGCCAGAUCCGCGCCUUCUGCACGGGGCAGGAGCUGCAGCUGGUGCAGCUGGAGGGCGGUGGCCGGGCUGGCACGUACCGCGUAGCCAGCACCCAGCCCAGCCCGCCCGACGACCUGGACGCCAGUGGCCUGGCACAGAGGCUGCGGGAGCACCGGGCAGAGUCGCCCGAGGAGCCCAAGGAGCCGAAGGAGGCUGCGAGCCGCGGGGAAGGGGCGGCCCCCGAGGAGGCUUCCAAGGACCAAGGGGCCGAGGCCGCCCAGGAGGCGCGCUCUGCGGAGGCCCCGGCGGAGGGCCCCGGAGCCCGCGCGUCGGUGCCCGCGGCUGAGGCGCUGGUGAACGGGGCCGGGGCGCCGGGCGCGGGAGGCGGCGUGCGGCUGCGGCGGUCCUCGGUGAACGGGGAGGCCGGGCCGGUGCCCCCGCCCCGCGCGCACGGCUCCUUCUCCCACGUGCGGGACGCCGACCUGCUGAAGAAGCGGCGCUCGCGGCUGCGGAACAGCAGCUCCUUCUCGGCGGACGACCCCGACGCGGGAGCCACGGCCGCGGUGGCCCGGGGCAACCAGUAGCAGUCGCUGCCUUUCGAGUUGGGAGCAAGGCUUCCAUACCCAGGGGGGCCAUGCAGGGCCUCCCAACACCAGCGUUCUCUGACUGGGGUCUUUAACUCCAGAUGCUGGAGACCAAUUUCCUCUUUUCUGUGGUAAGGGGAGGUUGGAGAUUGGAGACCCUGCUGGGCACCCCUGUACUCUCAGCCCCUGCAGGUCUCAGGUCAGAGUCUGCCGGGGUGUCACGUGGUCACUACAGAUCUUAAAGGGGAGAGGGUCCCAGAGAGGGCAGGGGUUUGCUCAAGGACUCAGAGCCACUGAAGUCCAGGCCAUGGGCUUCCAGCUGGGGUCCGCCCACUGCCCACUACAUCAUCCUGCCUGUCAGGCCACUCCAGCCCUCAGCCGCCCAGGGAUGGCUCCUGAGUUCUAAGGAAAGGAGGGAUUAAACGGGAAAGCCUUUUUUGAGCCAGGCCGAUAGGACAGGCAGGUUUCCCAGGGGGAGAAUGGGAGGGGCGGUUCUAAAGUGGAGGGGCCCCGCACAAGCAAAAACAUGGCAGCAGGACAUCUGAGGUCUCGCGUAGGGAACUGCCAGGCCUCUCGGGUCAGGUCCGCAGGUGGUGGUGAGGCAGCCUGGGGAGCAGAAGCCUUGAGGGCAGCGUCAGAGGCACAGCACUGAGCCCGUGAUGAGAGACAGGGAGGCCCAAAGGCCCUCAUAGGAGAUGUGAUGGACAGGAGUCAGAGGGCACCGCCACUCGGCCGAGCCAGUCUGCUGGCCUCUGGACACAGCCUUGUGAAUGGCAGUGGCCGCCCAGGGGCAUAGCUCAGUGGUUGAGCAUCUCUCUACCUAUGGACCAGGAGGCAGCCAAUCAAUGAUUCUCUCAUCAUGGAUGUUUCAAUCCUCUCUCCCUCUCCCUUCCUCUCUGAAAUUAAUCAAAAUAUUACAAAAUAAAAUAAAGGGAGGCUUCAUCCUACCGUCUUCUGGGCCCAAGUUCAUCCUACCGUCUUCUGGGUCCUUCCGAGCCAGGCCUCUUCCUGCUCCUGUCCCACAGGAGAUAUCUGACCAGUGGGGCUGGAGAGGACUUCUCCUCAUUAGCCUCUCCCAUCCCCCAUGCUUCUUGUGUGCAGCGGGGGAAUGUCAGGCCUGGCCUCACCCUUGGGCACUCCCCAUGUCCUGGAGUAGGAUGAAGUCAGGCACCUCGCAGCUGGGGUGGGGCUGAAGCCAUGCCAUGAGGAGGGCAGGAUGCCUCUGGCGCGGUUCAGCAAGGCUUCCCGGAGCAGGGGCCAGACAUCAGGGCGUAGGAAGGGGAAUUUGGGCCAGACGUGAGGAAGUGUUGGAAUUCCCACCAGGGCUGGUGUGAGUAAGCUCAGUGGCUGCUGAGGUUGGGGUUUCUCCACCGUCCUGCCACUGCCUGCCUGGUGGUUGAGCUCUUGCUGUGUGCCUGGCCUGCCUCCACAAGCCCUCACUGACUCCUCACAAUGCCCCUUCCUUCCAGGGAGGAAUGACUCUCCCAUUUUGCAGGUGAGAACAUUGAGGCUCAGGGAGAGGAUGAAAGAGGCGAAGGGAGUUGAUACAGGUGUGAACCCAGCUUCUGAGCCUGAACUCCUAAAUGGUGCCUUCUUCUGGGCCCAGCACUAGUGACUGGUUGUGUGACCCUGGGAAAGCCACUGACCCUCUGUGCUCUUUUCCUGGCGAUGAGAGGCAAAGGCUGACAGUUCUUUGCAGAGUCGCCUUGAAACCCACUUCGGGGAUCUUUCUAAAACGGGACCUGUGUUUUCCCUCAAUGUCUCUCUGGAGCCUGCAACUCCAGGUUACACAGGGCUGGGAUUUCUUCCCAUCUGACAUUCAAGAACACAAACAGAGGCCCCGUGGUUUUGUUCAGCCCAGAGGCAAGCAGCGAAUCGGUGGCCAAGCUGGGAACAAACCUUUGGAUUAGACAGCCCUGGGCCCCAGGCCAGGCUCUGUAUGAGCCUCAUCGCUGACCCUCCAUUUCCUCAUCUGUGAAGUGGGGAUAGUAGUAGUCCCUGCCUCUCAGGGUUGUUGGGAGAAUUAAAUGAGCUAAUACAUGCAUAGUGCCCAGCGUAUGAAUGCUGAAGCAAUCUCAGCUAUUCUUUAAUGAUAAUAAUAAUGUUUUAGGUUAAUCAGUGUACUCUGAGUGCAUUCUCUGGGCCCCACCCUGUCUGCAGGGGCUACUUCUGGCCAGGGAGACAUGGGUAACCAACAGCCAUGAUGGGGUGGGGGGUAGGGCUAUGAUGGGGGAGGCCCAGGAGGCCAUCUGCCCAGCCUGGGGCUCAGGGAGGCGCUUCAGGAGGCAGGAAGGUCAAAGAGGGAAGCAGAAAGCGGUUUGGGAGCCCGAAGGGGCUUCUGGAGGAGGUGGAGCUGAGCCGGGUCAUGAAGGUCAAGUUGACUCCAGGCUGAGGAAGCUACUUGGGGAAGUGAAGUCCAUGACUGUAGCUGGAGGGUGGUGACUGGGUGGGGUUCAGGGUAGUGGGAGUUGAGGCUGCAGCUGCCGGUAGGCCUUGGCAAUGAGGCUGGGGGCUGGCGAGGUGGCGGUUUUAGGAAGACCCUUCAGUUGUGGCCUUCGGGUUGUCAGCAGGAAGGGCAUAGGUAGUGGCUGGUGAGGAGGCCACCACUGACUCAGGCCAGAGAGAUGGCACCUGAGCAAGGGGUGUCUAGGGCUCCCUCUCAGAGGGGUGCAGGGUGGGGUGGACAGUGGGGUGACCUAGAGCAGGAGCCAUCAAUGGAGCCUGGCUGUCAGCUGAGCUGAAAAUUGGGGGCCCCCAGGUCUAUCCUCGGGAAUCGCCAGGGGCAGGCACAUCAGGGGCCAGUCCUGCCCUUCCAGUCUAAAAUGGGUAGUUUUAGCCCUAACCGGUUUGGCUCAAUGGACAGAGCAUCGGCCUGCGGACUCAAGGGUCCCAGGUUCGAUUCUGGUCAAGGGCGUGUACCUUGGUUGCGAGCACUUG